CGAACUCAGAGAAGUGCUGAGCGGAACUGGACCAUGAGGAGUCCGCCUGAAGCCUGGAGGCUCCACGGCAGCGUCAGCGGAACGGCAACGAUUUGAAUCCUCAGUGAAUCCGCCGAGCUGUAGCCUGCCGAGGAGACUGAUCCUCCUCAGGUCAUGUCAUCAGGGAGAAGUGCUAAUGGGAGGGAAGUGCAGAUACCCCUUCAACAGGUGGCGCCUUCACUUGUUUCUCCCCUCUCUUCGGCCCUCGCCAUCACGCCACCCUCCCACCGCUCAGCCAAUCCUUGGCCUCCAUGCGAUCUCAUUCCUCAACAAAGCGCUCCUGCAGGUUUCCAGCCUCUUCAUGGAGGAUUCAGAGAUCAUUUUGUUGAAAAGCCAGAAGCCAAAUAUUGCUGCGAGGCAUGCAGGCGGGUCCUGUGUGAGCCCCGCCAGACUGAGUGUGGACACCGCUUCUGUCAGAGCUGCAUCAAUGACAUCCUCAGUCACUCAAACCCAGUGUGUCCAGCUGACAUGGAGCCACUGUUCAAAGACAAGAUCUUUAGAGAUGUGUGUUGCCAUCGAGAGAUUAUGGCACUGAAAGUCUUCUGUCGGAGUAAACCUAAUGGCUGUCAAGAGCAAAUGAGUCUGCAGCAGAUACCUGACCACCUGAAUGUGUGUCCGUUCUUCGAGGUUCCCUGUCCGCUGGGUAAAUGUAAAGAGAGGGUGAUGAGAAAAGAGAUUCCUGAGCACCUAGCGUGGAAAUGUAAACACAGAGAGAGCACUUGUGAAUUUUGCAUGACCAAGAUGCCUUUGACUGACCUACAGAAACACAAAGAGACUGUGUGUCCAUCGUUUCCUGUGUCCUGUCCCAACCACUGCUCCUUCUCUUCCCUGCCCCGGAGUGAGCUAACCAGCCACCAGCAUGACUGUCCCAAAGCUCAGGUCAACUGUCUGUUCCACCGCUAUGGCUGCACCUUCAAGGGCUUAAAUCAAGACAUGAGGCAGCAUGACUCAACCUUUGUGGCUGAGCAUCUAAGAAUGAUGGUCAAAGGGAACUGCUUGUUAGAGAACAAGGUGGAGAACAUAAAGGAAGAUCUGAUGGAGAGGUGUAAGGUGCUUCCUGCUCUCAGCAGCCGACUGUCGGAGUUAGAGAGCCAGAACGAAGAGCUCCGAGAAAAGAACCGGCAGAUGGAGCAGAAGCUGGCCACCAUGCAGAAACUGAUGAGUUCGCAUUCAGAGAAGCUGCUGGAGUUAGAGCUGGAGCUCCGUUCACUUCGUGUGCUAAGAGACGAGGUAGAAACCUUACGAGGAACGGUUGAGAACGUUCGGACAAGGCUCACCACCUUAGAACAGGGAGGACGGAGUGGUCCUGGAUCAACUCACACUCUUGCAUCUUUGGAAACUCAGCUCAAUCGGCACGACGACAUGCUGAGUGUCCAUGAAAUCCGGUUGGCUGACAUGGACUUGAGGUUCCAGGUACUGGAGACCGCAAGCUACAAUGGGACUCUAAUCUGGAAAAUCCGGGACUAUAAGAGACGGAAACAAGAAGCUGUGGCAGGAAAAACUCUGUCGCUGUACUCGCAGCCAUUUUAUACCGGAUAUUUCGGAUACAAGAUGUGUGCUCGGGUUUACCUAAAUGGAGACGGCAUGGGCAAGUCGACGCACCUGUCGCUGUUCUUUGUGGUGAUGAAGGGCGAGUACGACGCCUUGCUGCCCUGGCCCUUCAAACAGAAGGUGACUCUCAUGCUGAUGGACCAAGGUCCUUCCAGGAAACACCUGGGUGAUGCUUUCAAGCCUGAUCCACACAGCAGCAGCUUCAGGCGUCCCACGGCAGAGAUGAACAUUGCCUCUGGCUGCCCUCUGUUUGUGGCUCAAAGCAUCCUGGAGGCAGGCAACUACAUCAAAGAUGAUACAAUCUUCAUCAAGGUUACAGUGGAUACAUCUGACCUUCCUGACCCAUGAUAUUAGGAACUUAUUAGUCUGAUAUCACCUCACCAGUGCAAGAUCUGCACAGCCAAGACUAAUGGGAAGGAUCAGUGAUGCUAGAGGCUCAUCAGGCUGAAGGACAGGAAGCAGUCAAUCAGAGUGCUCUUCAUUUUCUGAUUGUUAUAUGGACUGCAGAGCUGUGUGUGUCUGGUUGUAUGUGAAUUGAUCUGUUAUGAUGGCAUCAUGGUGACCUUAUCCAGAACCAACAUGCCCAUGACAGUGAGAGCAUUGUUGUUGCUCAUUCCUGACGUGCAUUGAGCCUGACUUUCUGUUUAGUACCUGUUUACUGGGUUAUGCUGGGAAAUAUGCCACAGUUGCAGAAGAGGCUUUAAAACUCCAGUACACACCAGUACAGAUCAGUACAUCGGGAUCAGAGGGAGGGUCAGUACAAAGCCAUAAACUGAGUAAUGAAGUGACAGGAGCUCUUCAGCAAGCAGAUGUUUUACUCAUUCAAACUGGUUUUGUCAGGCUAACUAGCUGAUGUCACACUAGCACUAUUUUUUUUAACCUAAUAUCCUAACUAAUUUUUUCACUAACCAUUUUCAUUCAGCCUAGCAUGUUUCACCCUGGGCGCCUGGUGACUGGCUAACAUUGAAGCAGCUAACAAACAUAUCUGGAUCAGCAGCUCUGAGUCAGGGUGAAGGCUGGUUUGGCUGGUCCAGGUUGGCGGGUUUUUUAAUGCAAUCAAACUGACAAGAGUAGUUGGGUUUGACCUGUGGUUCGGAGCUAGCUUUUAUUACUUGUAGACCUUUCUGUAGGGAAGGAAAACAGCGUGUCAGCAGCAAAUACUAAACUUCAUCAGUGAAACAGUUUAUCUGGAUCAGACAGCAGCCUUCAGUAAAUGGUUCAGAUGUCUAAUGUCAAGACUCACUGUCACACCUUCUAAAAGUCUACAAGGGUCCACAGCAACAGCACUGAGCUGAGGCAGAACUAAUCAAAGGAGUCCAAAAAAUGAAGUGACUUUGAAAGGACCAGAGACUGAGACCUCAGUCCAGUCCCUGCAAGAGUUCCCAGCUGGACAGCCUGUGGUGUUAGUGAGUUUUCCAGUGUUGGCAGAAUUCAUCCAACUUUCUCCAUAUAUUUGCACAGUUUUAAUGUUUGUUGAAGUGUAAAAAUAAAAAGAGAAGAACAA